UAACGCUGCUACUCUCAUCAGCUUGCUCUUGUUUCCCAAUAACACCGGCUUAGUAUAAAAGAAGGCACAAGGGGAGGAGGAGAAGAAAAGUGGAAAUGGUAGGGUUGUCUCUAGCGAGAUCGACCGCUGUGAGUAGGGCGGCGGUAGUGCUGUUAUGGGCCACCGCCAUGGUGUGUCCUUGCUUCGCCGGCGACCCCUUCGCCUACUUCGACUGGGAUGUCUCCUACGUCACCGCUUCUCCGCUCGGAGUGCCGCAACGGGUGAUCACAAUCUCGAAGCAAUUUCCCGGCCCUGUUAUGAACGUUACCACCAACUGGAAUGUGGUCGUUAAUGUUCUCAACAGCUUGGACGAGCCGCUCCUCCUCACGUGGGAUGGGAUCCAGCAUCGGAAGAAUUGUUGGCAAGAUGGAGUGCUUGGCACUAAUUGCCCCAUCCCGCCAGGUUGGAAUUGGACCUACCAGUUCCAAGUGAAGGACCAGAUAGGAAGCUUCUUCUAUUUCCCCUCCCUCAAUCUCCAACGUGCUGUCGGUGGCUACGGUGGCAUCACUGUCAACAAUCGUGCAGUCAUUGCUGUGCCAUUCGGCAAUCCGGAUGGAGACAUCACCAUGUUCAUUGGGGACUGGUACAUUAGGAAUCAUACGGAUCUGAGAAAGGCACUUGAUGAAGGGAAAGGCCUCGGAAUGCCAGAUGGCGUUCUCAUAAAUGGGAAGGGACCUUAUCGUUACAAUGACACACUUGUUCCUGAUGGCAUUGAAUAUGAGACAAUCAAUGUUGAACCAGGCAAAACAUAUCGGUUCCGUGUCCAUAAUGUGGGCAUUUCAACUAGCUUGAAUUUCAGAAUUCAAAAUCACAACAUGCUUCUCGUGGAAACAGAAGGAUCAUACACAGUGCAGCAAAAUUUUAGCAACCUUGAUAUCCAUGUUGGUCAGUCAUACUCCAUGCUGGUUACCAUGGACCAGAAUGCAAGCAGUGACUACUACAUUGUGGCGAGUGCUAGGUUUGUGAAUGAGUCACUAUGGACUAGGGUUAUCGGUGUUGGCAUUUUGCACUACUCAAAUUCCAAAGGAAAAGCAUCUGGCCCCCUUCCAGAUCCUCCUAAUGAUUUCUUUGACAAGACCUUUUCCAUGAACCAGGCUAGAUCAAUCAGGACGAAUGUAAGUGCUGGUGCAGCACGUCCUAAUCCCCAGGGAUCAUUUAGAUAUGGUUCGAUUGAUGUGACACAAGUGUAUGUUUUGAGAAACGAGCCUCCUGUUGUCAUUGAUGGGAAGAGAAGGACAACACUCAAUGGCAUAUCAUUUUCACCUCCUAGUACUCCAUUAAGACUUGCAGAUGAAUUUGAUAGGCAGGGAGUUUAUACCCUUGAUUUCCCAACAAGGCCACUUGAUAGACCUCCUCGGCUUGGUACAUCUGUGAUUAAUGGCACAUAUAAGGGUUUCAUGGAGAUCAUAUUUCAAAAUAAUGACACUACAGUUCAGACAUAUCACAUGGAUGGAUAUGCAUUCUUCGUAGUGGGGAUGGAUUAUGGAGAGUGGACAGAAAAUAGUAGAGGCACAUACAACAAGUGGGAUGGUGUUUCUCGCUGUACAACCCAGGUUUUCCCUGGGGCAUGGACAGCUGUGCUAGUCUCAUUGGACAGUGUAGGGUUUUGGAAUGUACGAGUGGAGAAUCUGGAUACAUGGUAUCUUGGGCAGGAGGUGUAUGUACGAGUCAUCAAUCCUGAAGAUAGUUCUAACAAGACAGAGAUGGAUAUGCCAAAUAAUGCCCUCUAUUGUGGCCUUCUUAAAGAUAGACAGAAGAACCAGACUCCUCAUGGUUCUCUUUCAUCUUCAUCAUCCAUUGUCUCAUGCGUUGGGCUGAUAUUUCUUGAAUCAAUCAUGUUGUUGGCUUCAGCCAUCAUCUUCCCAUAAUUAUUCUAGGUCAGAUCGAUGUGUUUGAUGACUGGGAGGGGGCCUUUUACAAAACCCUUUUAAGCAAUCUCAUGACAUGCUGUCGUUAGAGUAUUUAGGAUUUCUAAGUUGCAAGCAAAUCAACUAUCAAUAUGGAUAUUUUGUUAGUGUCUUCUAGCCCCCCCUUCGUGGAUUUCAUGUGAUGAUUCUUUUAGCUUAGAUUGAGCACUGCCGUUUAGGUAACUGGUAACGUCGACAUUUUCAAGUAUGUUAGGUUGGGAAGUAAUUCUCAAUGAUGUAUUGCUAGUGCUUGCUUUUUUAGUGCUAGUAAAUAAGAUUAAUGCUCGUGAAGGAUGUUCUCCGCCGUCAUUUAUCA